CUUUUCCACAACCACGAUGGCACGGCCUACGCAUUGUGAGUUUGUGUCUAUGCCCUAAUCUCAGCUCACCCUUUGCACUUCUGUCGACAUCCUUUGGCUAAACACACCUGAAUCUCUGUAACAGAGUUGCUGACCUUCAUGCCGCUUUCAAACUUCCUGCAUAACUGCUCGCUGGCCCCCAACGUGAACGCGUGCAUGUCACCCUUGGCAUCACGAACCUCAACCCCCGGGUCUCUCCAGACUACACUCGACCUUCUGAACCGCGCCCGACGUUCUCAGAAGGGAAUCCUGACGACGCGUCGUUUUGGCGUGCAGGAGAGCCAGUACGCUGAGCUUCCGAUGGAUAUUACAGUGGGAUCUGGUUUCAACGAUGCCAUCUUCAACGUCUGCACCCGGGGCCUGACUCACAAAUUCUGUUACUGGAUUUUCCAAAUCAUCGGGUCUGUUCUUAUCGGUCUGCUCGACCGAAAAUCCAUCAGCCGUCGCAUCUGCGCCUACACAGGAUGGACCGUCCUCUUCCUAAUAGUCCUUGUCGUCUACAUCUGGGGAUACUUCUACCAAGGGGUACACGCACGAGAGCGUCGCACUAGAGACAGAGGAAAUGGAUACCUACGAUUGCAGAUACGCCAGUCGGGUGUGGUUCUACACCUUCUGUGGGAUUCUGGACGCAAUGUGGCAGACGACGGAGUACUAGCUUAUGGAUGCGAUGUCAAACGAUCUGUCAAAGCUGGCAUUCUUGCUAGAUUCUACAAGUCGAUCCAGUCGGCUGGGGCCGCAUGGCGUGCGGACGCUGUCAAAAUUCCGUACGUGAAUAUGUUCAUUUCGGAAUCGGCUUUCCUUCUCGGAGGUCUAGUGUUUGCGUUGCCUAUGAUUAUCAUACGUAUCAAGGAUCAUACCAUUCUAGACGACGAGACCGUCACUCGGAUGGAUGAUGAAUGACAUAUACGUCUAACUGAGGAUAUCGCUGCCGAGAUGAAAGUUACCCAGGCAUCUUCAUGAUUUUUAUGUUGGUGAUAAAGGUCGCUUUAUGACUGAUGACUUUUUUUCUAGUAUAUCUGUAAAUACUCGUAUUCUUG